AAGUAUUUUAAGUAUUUAUAUGAUGUUUUUGCAGCUUUUUUAAACAGUUGUGGGUCAGCUUUUAACUUUAAAAGAGUUAUUUAACGUUCACGAGGUGUUCACGGCUGUCACAAAUAUAAGAUAGCUGUUAAUUUUAAAUGAAUAGGAAAACAGUGUACACACUCCGAUAUGUAGACCAAUUUCGAUAUCGUGGAUAUUUCUAUUUUUAAACCGACCCGUAUCAAACUUAUGAGGAUCUGUGCCAAAUUAGUAAAAAUCCAUUAUCAAUCUGAUGAUGAUGAUGAUGACCCACCUCUCUGACCCACCUGUACAGGAUUGAGAUGUUCUAGGUUUUUUGUGAUAAUUUGAUAAAGCUACAAAUAUUCAAACGGGUUGAUGUUUGAAAGCUGAACGAAAGCGUAAAGGUAUGAUGAGUUACUCACCCAAUCUACACAAUCUUGUGUCACGUCUGGUGUUAUGACAAUACGUUUAUCAGAGUUAAUUUAGCUUGCAAUUUACAUUGUAUUUAUUUGCUUCUAUUUAGCUAUUAAUUGCUUUUGUAUAAUAGUCUUGUGAAGUGUGAUAACAGUUCACUGCAGCUACAUCUGUUUGCAUUCCCAACGAUAUCUACCUUGAAUGGCCAUUGAGUCAAUUCGUGCAUUUCGACUUUCACACUAUUUUCUUUUGAAUGAAGUCAGCAGUAGUGUUGGGUCAUACGAUUCAUUUCACGACCCGACCCGGAGUCGGGUGCGAGCCAGCCGGAAUCGAUUCCGACCCGUGGGUGCAGCGGGUGCGCUAGGUCAGAGUCGGAAACAAAUCCGACCCGUGGGUGCAACGGGUUCGGGUCGACCCGAAAGAUCAGUAGGUGCGAGAAAGCAUAAGCGACUCCGACCCGUUGGUGCAACGAGAUCGGGUCGGGUCGGGCCACGGUAGGUUCAGUUCGGGUCGAAUCAAGGUAGGUUCAAUACCCGACCCGAACUCGCUGCACCAACGGGUCAGAGUCGCUUAUGCUUUCUCACACCUACUGAUCUUUCGGAUCGACCCGAACUCGCUGCACCCUCGGGUCAAACUGAACCUACCGUGGCCCGACCCGACCCGAACUCGUUGCACCAACGGGUCGGAGUCGCUUAUGCUUUCUCGCACCUACCGGAGUCGUUGCACCCACUGAACCUACUUGUACCUUUCGGGUCGACCCGAACGACUCCGGGUCGCUUACGGAUAGCUUCGACCCGAUAGGUUCGGGUCGACCCGCCCAUCACUAGUCAGCAGUGGCAAGAAAAUUCCCUCAGAUUCCCCAUUACAUAAUUUUCCCAAAAUUCACAGAGUCACACAAUAGUACAAACCAAACCAUUUGGAUUUGCGGACUCAUUUGUAGAUGUGACUCAAAAUGUUAUCAUUGAUUUACGGGUACGAUUGCAACGUAACAGAAGAUCAUAGCGUAGAAUAAAAUGUGCUUAUAUUUCCCCUGUUAUUCAUACAAUCACAAUUAUAGUCCAGAUAAAUGUUAGUUUUUCAGCUGUUAAGUUUGAAAUGAAGUUUGUGCGUAGCGUCAGGCUGCACCAACUGAUACAAACUUUGUCGGUAGGGUUAUGCCUUCCAUCUCCCAUUGGGAGUAAUCUAUAAUCGUACGAAACCAGUAUGAUAAACCCAUAAAUCCAUAAACUCGGACGGCUGGUGAACGAUAGGCCCAUCUAUCACAAACGAUUUGAAACAAUAUCGGGACACCUGUAAAACAGCCUCUUAAUGCUUUCCCCAAUACUCAAUUACGCAGAGAAAAAAAAAAAUUACACAACUGGAAAACGUCGCUCAUGCGCGGGGUGUGCCACGGCCAUCACUGCAAUGGGGACACUGCUCAGAUGAAAUUUCGUGCUUUAUGAGGUCCAUUAAUUCGUGCGUCCUUCUCAGUAUGGUCUGCGUCUGUUCACCAUGGUCUAAUCAGUCACGGCUGAAUGUUUCGGCCCUAUGUAGCCCGGAACGCUGGACCGUAGUGAUCAGUUUCUUUUCUAACACAUUUUUGGUUUCUGUGUUCUUGGUGGAUUAUCAACCAUAAAUCAUUGCUUCGUCAAUGAGCCUCCCCGCCCCUCGUUCUCAUCAAGGUACCGCUAAUGCCCAUUCAAGCACAAGAACACGGCCUGGUUCGUGAAUCGAAAAAAAAGGGAAUAUUUUGGCAAAAGUGAAGGGAAUUGUCCUGACAGAACUCGUCUCAUUGUUGUAUGCAAACUUUGAACGUUUAUGUUCCGUGCCACAGAAAAAAACAACAACAUAAAGACAAUUAAAUAGCAAUUUUACGAGGUACAGAUUCCAGGUCCCUUUCGAAAAAUGUGUUUACCGCUAUAACGCGGCUCUAUAACAACGCUGUAUAAGAUGACAUAAUUUUGUCUCAGGUGAAUGCCGAGAACGUCAACGAACUGACUGGGCUACUUUUAAUCGAGUCAAAUCUUAACCCCUGACCACGAUCAACAAAAAACAAAAAUACCCACGUGCAAACAAGCCUAUCUUUCGCUAUCCGCAGCAAACAAGGCGCAUGGGAAAAGGGAAGGCCACUGUGUGGCGUAGAAAGAGAGAAGGAGAGUGAGAGUGAGAGAAAUGAACCGAAAAAUCGCAAUCAUUUGAAAUCACCUCACCGUGGAGUUGGGCAGCUAGGCACGUUGGAGUAGCAUGUUGCGCUCAUCAACCGUCGCGGCUUGCUCAGUUACGAACGAACACCGCACGCAAGCGCAGGUGCUAGGCAAAAGGCGUCUUGUGCAGGUGGUGCCCAGUCGAUUUGGUUGAUCCAUAUCGGCCACCGUUUCUCGAAGUGGAUUAAGACGACCUCAGUCGUCGAUACAUGUACACUAAGAGUGGAUAUAUUAAUUUCGGUGAUGUCAAGUGUCUAGUAGUGUGUUCAAUGUUGAUAGCGUGCAACUCAUUCUUAUGGCAGGGGUUUUGUGGUAGAAACGAUUCUUACGAAAUUUGCUACAAAAUUCGUUCAUAAAGUAAAAACGGUGGUUUCAUGUUAAUACACUGAGUAAGAAAGCGCCAGUGUACUGACAUUACGGCAUCUGUAGCGUGCUGACGGAAUAGCUGUGCGAGCAGUGAAACGAAUUCAGCAUUCCCAGCACUGUAUCGCGGCAACCACAGUGAUCAACAAUCUUCCUGACAACAUGAAGGCUAUCGGAACUCCCACAAACAUCCCCCUCAUAGGAUGGGUGCUAGUGGCGGUUGCAAUUAUGCAUUGGUAUCAGCCGUUGGUGGCAACGUACAAUGUAGCGGAACACAGACUGGACUAUAUAAAAUUAGGUGAAGGUCGUGAGUAUAACUAUCACUAUAAUGAUGGUGUGUCAUCCGGAUAUGACAAGCGUAAAUUUUACAAACGCCCCCAAGCUUUGAAGCAGCCAUACACGCUCAAGAGCUUUGCAUCGCCGGUAGAGCAAAUUGCGACGAACGAAUUCCAGACACAACCUCAGCAAACGUACAUGACCCAGGAGAGUCUGCUGCCGGUGUACGAGUCACACGAAAAAACGGUUAACUUCGUACCUGCGGAAUACUCAUCUUCCAAACCUGCCACCGCGCAAAGAGAGUCGCCAUACACGUUGACUCAGUCCACAGGACCCGUUUCGUACACGGGCAGUUUGGCUGAGCGAGUCAUCCAGAGGAUUCAAUUGCAUCACCCACCCAGCGUAAAGAACAUCAGUGUGCCAACUUCCAUCAGCAGCAGCAGUGGUAUCAUUAGCGGUAGUACAGCACACUUCCAGUCGUCAGGUGUGCAGUAUAACCAACAUCCUGGAAGCUACCAGUAUUUUAACGCACAUCCAGCCCCAACCGAGUACGAGCUGGUGCGACCCAUAAGCAAUUUUCCACCUCCGAGGCCCUACAUUGCUCCGACAUUGACCACGACCAAGGCACCGUAUGUUGCACCAUUCCUGCAAAGAACUUCCACUACUACUACGACGACGACGACAACGCCAGCCCCACCGAGCAGACGGCCUCCGUACGUGGCGCCGGGGGUCACGAACGAUCCUUUGCUUAGUUCAGUGUCACUCGCUAACCAGCUGAAGUACUCCAGCUCUAGCAGACCUACUACGGCCAACCGUCCAGCGGCCACGGCCAGUAACGGCAGUGGCAAUCCAACGUUGCAACCCUACGAGCCGGAAUUCGACAUAGACAUACGGAUCGAUUUGCGCGAUGAUUCCGCGUAGUGGUCAUAAAUCUAUACUAGUAUAAUUUAAGCUGCCUAUAACGAUACACCAUUAUUUCAUACGCCAACGUGACAAAUAAAAUGUUCAAUACCGAAUUCGA